AUGUCAUCGAACGAUGAGCACACUAUCACCAGGCAUACCAGUUCAUCGGCCGACUGCAACGGUGCGGAAGACUUCACAAUAUCAAUUUCAUCAGUAACGGGACACAGAUGGGAACAGAGUGUAACAUUGUGCGAGACAGUUGAAAGUUUAAAGAUGAAAAUCUGGUAUCGCACAGGCCUCUUCCCAUAUCAUCAAGGUCUAAUUUUUGACGAUUUAUCGUUAUCGGAAUUGUGUGGACAAACAUUGCUUUAUGACCUUGGCAUCCGAAAAAACUCGCUAGUGCGUCUAGUAAUCAUCCCACGAUCGGGACCUUUGGCAGUAACAGUUCCUGAAAAACAUGCAGUAGUACCAUGUUCUGUACAAUCUGAACAGAAUAAGGGAGAUUGUUGGGAAGGAUUACGUUUCUUUGAUGAACAGAAUUUAGAUGAAAAUCGUCAAACUCUAUUCCGAAUGUGUGAGUUGCGACGUCAGAUAAAACAAAAUGCUUCAGCGAAAUCGAUUGAGAAGCAUGUCCUUUCUGCUCCAGAAGAUACGAGUGCUAAAGAAAGUUCUGCUGGUGACACAGAAUGUGAUGACGACAAAAGCUAUUCUUGCAAUGGUAUCAACUCUUCUGCGAAGGUUUGCGAAACUUCGACAUUGUCCGGAGCAAAGUAUGGAGAUAGAAGAACUCGUCAGAAUCCUAGCAAAGAAGAGACGUUAAAACUUUGCCAUAGUGAAUCAGUUAGUAGUUCUGCUCGUGAUCAGCUAUUUAUUAUGAUGCAACCGCGUUCCAUUUCGCCUAUAGCAGACUUGAAUACUCAUUCUGAGGAUGGAUCCGAAUUCUCUUCUGGUGUGGUAGUCAGUGAUCUCAGCAACGAAUUCAAAAGAUUACGUGUACGACGUAAACAUCAUGGAGUGAGUAAUGGAUCCGCAGCUAUUCAAAGGACUCGAGCCAGAAGCAAGCCAAAAAUACCGCUUACAGCUUUUUCUCAUCACCACCGAGGCUCAGAUGUGACUUCAAGCGAUGAUGAGCUUCCACGUCGACAUAUAACUGAAGCAAACUUUUCAUGUUCUUCAUUCCGUCGUCCUUCAGCUGUUUCACGAGCGCAGAAAGUUCUUAUUGGGUACCAGUCGCAACAGCGUUGCAGUGCAUGCGCUGUCAAAUUGAACAACAUUUCAGCUGCAUUUCAGUGCAGGUGCGGUAAAACUUUGUGCGCUCGACAUCGACCUGCUGGAAUGCAUACUUGCACUCGCGUUCGUAAACUACAGGAUGUCAGCGACUAA